AUGUGCGAGGCACGGCUGCAGCAGCACACGGCGUACCUCGAGGGGCUGAUCGCGAUGGUCCCGCCCAAGUACUACCUCCCGCCCAACCCCGAGGAGAUGGCCAAAAAGUUCCAGAAGCACGCGCGUUCAGGCGACCGAGCGGGCUUCGAGGGCAAGAAGCAAAAGUUCCUCAACUAG